CUCUUUUAUCUUUUUCUUCUUUUAGCAAACACAACCUUUCUUUUUCAUACACACAUCUUUCAAUAAUAUUGAGUUGUUGAACACCAAAAUGAAACCUACUUCAAAAUUGCAUGGUUUUAAUUAUGAUCAACAAAAGAUAAACAUCAACGGCCCUCGUCCUACACCUUUGAUGAUUCGCAAGCCCAAUUCAUCACACAAACAACAAAGGGUUCCCAUCAUCAUAUACACUCAAUCACCAAAGAUUAUUCAUACAAAAGCACAAGAUUUCAUGGCUCUUGUUCAAAGACUCACAGGCAUGUCAACUACCAAUCAAGUGCUGCCACGUCACCAAGAGCUUUCUGAGUCAUCUUUGUCAGAUGGAUCAAACAAUAAUAGUAUCAACUUCAAACAGCAUGAGGGUGAUGAAACAACAUCAACAACUAGCUCAGUUGAUAAGGGAGGUGUGAAUAGCAAUAUUAAUGAUGAUGAACAAAGUCCUAAUAAUAUGAUGAAAUUUGCAGAGAUGCCAUUAUUCACUCCAACUUCAUAUGAUUUCUUUAGCCCAAACAAUUCAUCUCGACCAGUUUAUAAAUUUUCUGAAUCUCCAUAUGGAAUUUUGGGAAGUUUGAUAUCUCCUUCUGGAUUGGGAUUCAUCCAAGACCUACCUGAAUAUUAGAUGUAUAUGGUUGUUCAUGUUGUUUUGCAUAUUUAAUUUUUGUAAAGGUUGUUGUAUUAUGGACAUAAGAAAUUGUCAUGAACUACUAGGAGAUUUCAUUCAUUCUUUCUAAACAUAGGAAUAAUUAGAACAAGAUUACUUGUUAAUCAUUUGGAAUUUGUUACCCUAAUUUCAUUUUCCUUACUUAUUCUGUUUAUUUCCAUGUUAAUUUCUUUCUCCUUAUACAAAAGCUGUGCAAUUAUUUACUUUUCAAUGUAUCACCUUCCAAUU